UCAGCCAGCGCCGACUCGGCAAUGGAGGGAGGCGACAAGAGAGGAAACAGAGGAGGGCUUAACUCGGAGAGAGUAGCAGUAAGGAAAAUAUUAUUCAAUCGUUUGUGCCUACUCGGAGCGAGAGGGCAUCUUUUACUUUCAUCCUCAGUAACUGCACUCACUCGUCGGCUCGGGAGUCGAGACAAUAUUUAUGAUGAUGAAGAUGGUGGUGGACAGAUAGCAAAGAGAAGCAAGUCAAGAUGUCGUUCUUUGGCCUCAAUUGUGCCAGGAAGAAUGAGCAAGAGCUGGAGAGAAAACUCAGGGCCAACGACCGGGAAUACAACCUCUCAUUUAAAUAUGCCACGAACGCCAUCAAGACAUCCAAGUACAACUUCUUCACCUUCCUCCCUCUCAAUCUCUUUGAGCAGUUCCAGAGGAUCGCUAAUGCCUACUUUCUGUUCCUGCUGGUGCUCCAGUUGAUUCCUGAGAUCUCGUCGCUGUCCUGGUUCACCACCGUGGUGCCUUUGGUGCUGGUGCUGUCCGUCACCGCUGCCAAGGAUGCCACUGAUGACAUCAAUCGCCACCGGAAUGACAAUCACGUCAACAACAGAAAAGUCCAAGUCCUCAUCGAUGAAAAACUGCGCAGCGAGAAGUGGAUGGACGUUCAUGUGGGAGACAUCAUCAAGCUGGAAAACAACCAGUUUGUCACAGCUGACCUCCUCCUGCUGUCCAGCAGUGAACCACUCAACCUAGUCUACAUCGAGACAGCAGAGCUAGACGGCGAGACCAACUUGAAAGUACGCCAGGCCCUGACGGUGACCGGGGACCUCGGUGAUGAUGUCAGCAAGCUGGCGGACUUCAAUGGCGAAGUCCUCUGCGAGCCUCCCAACAACCGGCUGGACCGCUUCACGGGGACGCUGGCCUUUGCGGGGCAGAAGUACGCUCUGGACAACGAAAAGAUCCUGUUGCGGGGUUGCACCCUGAGGAACACCGAGUGGUGCUUCGGACUGGUGCUCUUUGCAGGUCCGGAAACCAAACUGAUGCAGAACUGCGGCAAAAGCACUUUCAAGAGGACCAGCGUGGACCGUCUGAUGAACGUCCUCGUUCUGUUUAUCUUUGGCUUCCUGGCGUUCAUGUGUACCGUCCUUGCCAUCGGGAACUACUGCUGGGAGCUGGGCGAGGGCUCCGCAUUCACCGUGUUCCUGCCCAGGCAGAACGGCCACGAUGGCGCCUUCUCCUCCUUUCUCACCUUCUGGUCCUACGUCAUCAUCCUCAACACGGUGGUGCCCAUUUCGCUUUAUGUCAGUGUGGAGUUCAUCCGCCUGGGCAACAGUUUCUACAUCGACUGGGACCGGAAGAUGUACCACUCUCGCAGCGACACCCCCGCCGUGGCGCGCACCACCACGCUAAAUGAGGAGCUGGGUCAAAUCAAGUACGUGUUCAGCGACAAGACGGGCACGCUGACGCAAAACAUCAUGACCUUCAACAAGUGCUCCAUCAACGGGAAGACGUACGGCGAUGUCUUUGACUACAUGGGCCAGAGACUUGAAAUUAAUGAGCACACCGAGACGGUGGAUUUCUCCUUCAACCCGCUGGCGGACCCUCGCUUCACUUUCCACGAUCACGCGCUGGUGGAGGCCGUCAAGCUGGAGAUCCCUGAAGUCCACGCCUUCUUCCGACUGCUUGCGCUUUGCCACACCGUCAUGGCGGAGGAAAAGAAAGAAGGGGAGCUCUCGUACCAGGCUCAGUCUCCUGACGAGGGCGCUCUGGUCACAGCCGCCAGGAACUUCGGCUUUGUCUUCCGUUCGCGGACGCCCGACAGCAUCUCCAUUGUGGAAAUGGGAGAGCAGUGCACUUAUAAACUCUUGGCCAUCCUGGAUUUCAACAAUGUCCGCAAGAGGAUGUCCGUCAUCGUUCGCAGCCCCGAGGGUAAGCUGUCGCUGUACUGCAAAGGAGCCGACACCAUCAUCUGCGAGAGGCUGCACGGCUCCUGCACUAAACUGACAAACGUCACCACAGAGCACCUCAACGAGUUUGCAGGCGAAGGCCUGCGGACCCUGGCGCUGGCCUACAAAGACCUGGACGAGGACUUUUUCCUCCAGUGGCAACAGCGCCACCACGAAGCCAGCACGGCGCUGGAAGGGCGCGAGGACAAACUGGAGCAGCUGUACGAGGAGAUCGAGACCGACCUGCUGUUGCUAGGGGCGACGGCGAUCGAAGACAAGCUGCAGGACGGAGUAGCCCAGACCAUCGAGCAGCUGUCCAAAGCCGACAUCAACAUCUGGGUUCUUACUGGCGACAAGCAAGAAACAGCGGAAAACAUCGGCUACUCGUGCAACCUGCUGCGCGAGGAGAUGAACGACGUCUUUGUCAUUUCUGGCAACUCGCCGGAGGAUGUGAGGCAGGAGCUCAGGAAUGCGCAGAAGACCAUGAAACCAGGUGCCACUGAGGAUUGCACAUUUUUGCCAGAGAGGACUCUGGGUAAAAGCGUGAAGGCCCUCGCGGAUGAAACGGUGAACGGCGAAUAUGGCCUUGUCAUCAACGGACACAGUCUGGCAUACGCGUUGGAACGCAGCAUGGAACUUGACUUCCUGCGCACGGCGUGCAUGUGCAAAGCGGUGAUCUGCUGCCGCGUCACGCCGCUGCAGAAGGCGCAGGUGGUGGAACUGGUCAAGAUGUACAAACGCGCCGUCACGCUGGCCAUCGGCGACGGCGCCAAUGACGUCAGCAUGAUCAAAGUGGCGCACAUCGGUGUGGGUAUCUCGGGCCAGGAGGGCAUGCAGGCGGUGCUGUCCAGUGACUACUCGUUUGCCCAGUUUCGCUUCCUGCAGCGCCUCCUGCUGGUGCACGGCCGCUGGUCCUACCUGCGCAUGUGCAAGUUUCUACGCUACUUCUUCUACAAAAACUUCACCUUUACCUUUGUCCACUUCUGGUACGCCUUCUUCUGCGGCUUUUCGGCGCAGACAGUGUAUGAUGAAUUGUUCAUUACACUGUACAAUCUGGUGUACACAGCGUUGCCUGUGCUAGGAAUGAGCCUCUUUGAUCAGGACGUGAACGACGCGUGGAGCUUCCAGCACCCUCAGCUGUAUGUGCCGGGCCAACUCAACCUGUACUUCAGCAAGACGGCCUUCUUCAAGUGUGCCUUGCACAGCUGCUACAGCUCCCUGGUGCUCUUCUUCAUCCCGUACGGCGCCGUCAGUCAGGCGGCCCGCACCGACGGCCGGGAUGUGGCCGACUACCAGUCCUUUGCUGUCCUCACGCAGACCUGCCUACUGUUUGCUGUCACCAUCCAGCUGGGUUUGGAGAUGUCCUACUGGACGGCAGUCAACACCGUCUUUGUCGUGGGCAGCCUGGUCAUGUAUUUCGUCGUCACCUUCACCAUGUACAGCAACGGCCUGUUCCUCGUGCUGCCCUCAGCCUUCCCCUUCAUAGGCACGGCGAGGAACUCCCUGAGCCAGCCCAACAUCUGGCUGACCAUUGUGCUCACCUCCAUUUUGUGCACCCUUCCUGUCGUCACCUAUCGCUUCCUACUGAUCCUCCUCCGUCCCACCAUCAAUGACAAGGUCAUGUUCAAGGUCCGACAGGCCAAAGCAUCACCUCCCCCACUUCCUCGCCGAGCCAGAAUCCGCCGCACCAGCUCCCGCCGCUCCGGCUACGCCUUCUCGCACGCGCAGGGCUACGGCGACCUGGUAACGUCGGGUCGCUUCCUGCGGCGCCCCGCCCCGCCUCGCUCGUCGGGGUUCGCCCACACGGGCCGCGCCACUUCAGGGUUCAGCCCAAUGGGCCGCUCGGCCGGGUAUAGCCCGGCCGAGCGCGCGCAGUACGCCAAGGCCCAGGAGGUGGAGACGACCUCGCUGCAAAUGUACAGGACCAUCAGUGACGCCGCUCUUUGACCACUGGUGAGCACCUAAAACAAGACUCUUGUUUGUGAGGAAGGAAGCAGGUAUAUUCAAAGAGGACAAAGUGUCUUCAUGUUUACAAACUAUUUUUAGCCCUGGGAGUGCAAGUAUGAAUGGCAGGGUUAGGGGGUAAUUGGGUUCAGGACCAUAUGUUGCCUUAAAAGCAUUUUGUACUUUUCUACAUCUGUGUUUGUAUGUAGGCGUAAGAUCCUUGUGAAGAAGAUUCACCAAAACUAAAUGGAGGACUUUGCGGUCGUGUAAUAACAUUGUACAACCCCUUGUCAUAAUAGCUCAUAUCUCAUCCGCUGAUUUAUGGUUGGAAUUUUCGAUGGAUUUUUUUUUUUUUGGGGGGGGGGGGGGUUGUUGUUUGUUUUGGCAUCAUAAAAAAGGGAAUUUUAUUGGAGAUAACUGGCACGACUGGACUAGAACUACCUGAUGUGACCACUAUCAGGCUACCAUACGUGAUGACAAAAAACAUAAUCUAUAAAAAUGAAUAUUGUGAAGGUCAAAAAAAAAUAAUUUGAUGAAAGUAGUAAUACGCACGUUAGUUUAAUGUCAUUUGACUUGGUCAGUACUCCUUUUUCCAUGCCAUCAUUGCACGUAAAGUUCUUUGUCACAAGCUAGUUGACAGUCACUCAGCAGCGCCUCUCCUGGCUGCAUCUAAGUACUCCAUUUUGCCUCCAAUUUUCAUAGACAUGAUUAAUCGACACAAGUCAUUGUUUAAGCUCGUUCCUUCUUUCUUGUACUGGAAAAUCAGCGUGAAGCAAACAUAAAAACGCAUGUACUGAAUGUAACCAAUUCCUUAUUUCAUAUAGCAUACAAUCGAGUAGGCAAUAAUCACAAAAUACUGCUUUUAUACCACUUUGUAUUUAUCUGUGCCUUCAUUGAGCAUGACAAUGUUUGAUCAUUUUAUAUGUGCAUUUCUGUGGACUUUUUAAAACUAUGUUUUGUAUCUUUUUUUAUACUAAGCGUCACUGCGAUAUCGCGGUAAUACACGAAUAAGAAUAAAAGGUGUUAUUUUUGUCGUCUUCAUAAA